CCCCAUUUUAUAAGCUUAUAAAAUGUAAAAAGUUAUGAAUUAAUUUAACAGUUUCCGAUACUAUUAAAAUGAUUUUAAGGAAGCUUUUGAGAUGUGUCGUAAUUUUAAGUAAAUGUAGAACCCAAAGCGCCAAUGUAUUUUCCGGAGCUGCUCAAUACGUCCACACGUCCGUCGGAUAUUUAGAAAAGGCCGACGACAAGAGUUUAGUUGUACAAGACAUGUUUGAAAGCGUUCGAGAAAAAAACAAGAACACUUAUUUGGAUAUGAUAAGGAUCUACGUUAACCGCGAGCAUGUAUACCGCAGGGGACACGUCGAAUUCAUUUACGCCGCGUUGAAAAACAUGGAAGAAUUUGGGGUGCAUAAAGAUUUAGAAGUGUAUAAGUCAUUGAUAGACGUAUUGCCGAAAGGCAAAUUGGUAGCAAAAAAUAUUAUCCAAGCCGAAUUUAUGCAUUAUCCGAAACAGCAACAGUGUGUAAUUGAUGUUUUGUCUCAAAUGGAAGAGAACGGGGUUAUUCCCGAUAGCGACAUGGAAACUCAGUUAAUUAGUAUAUUCGGUCAAUACGGGUACCCGCUGCGCAGAUAUUGGAGAAUGAUGUACUGGAUGCCAAAGUUUAAAAACCUCUCGCCAUUUCCAUUGCCAGAACCUUUACCGAAAGACACAUUCGAGUUAGCGCGGUUGGCUAUUGAACGGAUCAGCGGUGUCGACAUCACCAAUAGGGUGAAUGUUUAUCAAUCGGCCGACAUAAAAGACUCGAUAGAUGACACUUGGAUAAUAAGCGCCCAAAGCAAAACUCAGAAGCGAUUGCUCGGGGAGAACAAACCUGAGGACCCGGUGUUUGUGGAGGGUGCGUUCACCGUGUGGAUCAAGGGCAACCCGAUCAACUAUUUUAUUUUACGUGGCAACGCUAGGCCCGUAUCGGACGAUUUGGUCGAUACCGAUGACGUGAGCAAAAUAAGUACCUCCGUGUUUAAUUUUAGCCCUCCCAUUCAACAGACAUACUUGAAAGUGGUGCCUAGUGUUCACGAACAAGAGGACGGUGUUGUGUACGCGUUGUGCGCGACCGGUACUUCCAGUAAAGAUUCACUUCUGUCUUGGAUUAGACAUUUGGAGAGGGACGGAAACCCAGUUCUGAUAAAUUUGUCGGUAGUUUUUACGUUGAAAUCUGGCACUAGCGAAAUCGCGAAUGUCGAGGAUGGAACCAAGGAGAAAGUUGCAGAUAAAUAA